AUGUCGACGAUCGAGCUUGUCACACAAGAUUCAGCAUCAUCCAGGAACUCCUCCAAGAGGAGCAUAGAGUCAGUCUGGGAACCCUAUUCACGAUCUUCAAAAUUGAGGAAGCAACUUUCCGUGCAGGUUUUCGCGGUGCAGCACGUGGACGUGUGCAUGUUCACUAACGGCAAGUUCAAGAACGUGGUGGCGAUGCAGAACAGCGGCACGGAGUGCCCGCUGGCUCCGGGCGGCAAGCUGCUGCGCACGUACGCGCUGCGCCCCGCCAAGAGCGCCACCAAAAACUGGAUCGCGCUGGAGGACUCGUUCAACCGGCCGGGCGCCUCGCUCGCCUCCACCGUCGUCGCCGCCCCCUCUGUGCCCGACGACCGCAACGUCUUCGCCAUCUACGUCUCGUACUACGUCAAGGUGAAACUUCUGCUGGGCGCCAUGGGCGGAGAGCUGGCGCUGAAGCUGCCGUUUAUGCUGGUGCAUCCGUCGAGCGAGUCGCGGGCCGCAGCCGCGGGCGCUGUGGCAGCCGCAGCCGCGGCAGCUGGCUCCAGCGGGGAGGUGGAGGAGGAGCAGCCGGCGGGGGCGGAGGGGGGCGCCAGCAGCAGCAAGCGCGACGAGGACCUGAUCGAGCAUUGCGGCGCCGACCCGCCCUGA